AUGGAAACGGGUUGCAAGAGCGUCCAGUACGACCUGGUGUUCCUGCUGGACACCUCCUCCAGCGUGGGCCGCGGGGACUUCCAGAAGGUGCAACAGUGGGUGGCCCACCUGGUGGACACCUUUGAGGUGGGGCCCGCCCACACCCGCGUGGGCGUGGUGCACUACAGCGACCGGCCGGCCACGGCCUUCGAGCUGGGCCGCCCCCAGUCGCGGGCGGCGGUGAAGGCGGCGGCGCGCGCGCUGGCCUUCCAGGGCGGCCACACCCGCACGGGCGACGCGCUGCGCUACAUCACCAGCCACAGCUUCUCGCCGCGGGCCGGCGGCCGGCCGGGCGACCGCGCCGUCCAGCAGGUGGCCAUCCUGCUCACGGACGGCCGCAGCCAGGACCUGGUGCAGGAGGCCGCGGCCGCCGCGCACCGGGCCGGCAUCCGCGUGUUCGCCGUGGGCGUCGGGGAGGCGCUGCGGGAGGAGCUGGAGGAGAUCGCCUCGCAGCCCACAUCGGCCCACGUCUUCCACGUGUCCGACUUCGACGCCAUCGACCGCAUCCGGGGCAAGCUGCGGCGCCGCCUGUGCGAGAACGUGCUGUGCCCCAGCGUCCGCGUGGAGGGACACCGCUUCAAGCACACCAACGGCGGCACCAAGGAGAUCACAGGGUUUGACCUGAUGGACCGGUUCCGGGUGAAGGACGUGCUGGGGCAGCGUGAGGAUGGGGUGCAGAGCUCCUACGUGCGGAUGGGGUCCUUCCCCGUGGUGCAGCGGACCGAGGAUGUGUUCCCCCAAGGCCUGCCCGACGAGUACGCCUUCGUCACCACCUUCCGCUUCCGGAAGAGCUCGCGGAAAGAGGACUGGUACAUCUGGCAGGUCAUCGACCAGUACGGCAUCCCGCAGGUGUCCAUCCGGCUGGACGGCGAGAACAAGGCGGUGGAGUACAACGCUGUGGGCGCCAUGGAGGACGCCGUCAGGGUGGUCUUCCGCGGCGCCCGGGUGGACGACCUGUUUGACCGGGACUGGCACAAGCUGGCGCUGAGCGUGCAGGCCCGGAACGCCUCGCUGUACAUCGACUGCGCGCUGGUGCAGACGCUGCCCCUGGAGGAGAGGGAGAACAUCGACAUCCGGGGCAAGACCGUCCUCGGCAAGCGCCUGUACGACAGCGUGCCCAUCGACUUUGACCUGCAGCGCGCUGUCAUCUACUGCGACUCCCGCCACGCAGAGCUGGAGACCUGCUGCGACAUCCCCACAGGCCCGUGCCAGGUGACCGUGCGGACCGAGCCCCCGCCCCUGGCCCCGCCGCCACCCACCGCCGGCAGCGAGCAGGUCGGCUUUCUGAAGACCAUCAACUGCUCCUGCCCCGCCGGAGAGAAGGGAGAACAGGGCUCCGCUGGCCCCGUGGGACUGCCCGGCCCCAAGGGCGACAGGGGCAGCCCCGGGCUGUUCGGGGCUCCGGGACCCAAGGGUGAGAAAGGCGACCCGGGCCGAGGACCAUUCGUCCACGGAGAGAAGGGUGAAAAGGGUUCCCUGGGCCCGCCCGGCCCCCCCGGGAGAGACGGCAGCAAAGGCGUGCGGGGGGAGACCGGAGAGCCGGGGCUGCCUGGCGAGGUGGGCAUGCGGGUGAGUGCUCCAGCUGUGUCAUCGGUCCCGGGGGCAGGCCUGGUGCAGAUCCACAGCUUUGGCGGGGGGAGGGGGCAGGCCUGGGGUCGCCGGGGCCGCCCGGACUUCCUGGCCCUCCUGGCCACGUCGGCGCUCCGGGUCUCCAGGGAGAGCGCGGGGAGCGGGGAGCCCGAGGAGAAAAGGGACCCCGGGGGAGGGUGGAGCCCGUCCAGUCGGGCCCUCGGCCCCUGUGUGCCUCUCCGUGACCCUGACCGUGGCCUUCUCUCCGUUUCCUUCCGUCCGCAGGGCGAGCGCGGCCUGGACGGCUUCCCAGGGAAGCCGGGGCUGGCGGGGGAGCAGGGAGCACCUGGCCCUCCCGGCACGGCCGGGCCCCCUGGAGAGAAGGGCGACGUGGGGCCGGCAGGACCGCCUGGCGUCCCGGGCUCCGUGGUGCAGAGAGAGGGCCUGAAGGGCGAGCAGGGAGCUCCAGGACCACGGGGUCACCAGGGCCCCCCUGGGCCUCCAGGAGCCCCGGGUCUGACGGGCCCAGAAGGCCAGGCUGGACCCCCGGGCCUGCAAGGUCUCCGGGGCAGGAAAGGCGAAGUGGGCGUCCCGGGACCGCCUGGACCGCUGGGACCACAGGGCCCCCCCGGACCACCUGGUGUCCCCGGCCCCCCUGGCCCUGGAGGCCCCUCGGGUUUGCCCGGAGAGAUCGGCUUCCCGGGAAAACCUGGGCACCCCGGGCCGGCGGGGCCACCUGGGAAGGACGGGCUGCCCGGACCCCCCGGCCUGCCAGGGCCCAAGGGACAGCCCGGAGACCGCGGGGCGGACGGCCUGCCGGGGAAGCCGGGCCUGCCGGGCGAGGUUGGGGAGCAGGGCCUGGCCGGGCCCCCGGGAGAGAAGGGCCAGGCGGGCCUCCCCGGAGCCCCCGGGUUCCCCGGCCUGAGCGGAGAGAAGGGGCCGCAGGGAGAGAAGGGCGGCCCGGGCCCCCCGGGACCGAAAGGCGACCGGGGCGACAAGGGUGAAGCUGGUCCGGCCGGCCCCCCGGGACUGCCCGGAACACCUUCCUUCUUCACCCCGUACCCCAGGACGCCAGGAGAGCAAGGACCGAAAGGAGAGAAGGGGGACCGUGGUGUGCCCGGUGAGCCGGGCCCCCCUGGAGUCAGAGGCCCCCCUGGGAAAGACGGGGAGCGUGGCGAGAAGGGAGCAGCUGGGGAAGAGGGGCGCCCGGGGCCGGCGGGCCCCCGCGGGGAUCCUGGAGCUCCCGGGCACCCCGGGCCUCCGGGGGCGGGGAAGGACGGAGAGCCGGGGCCUCGAGGGCCGCCCGGACUGCCUGGACCUCCUGGCACCAAGGGGGACCGAGGUGCCCCCGGGAUCCCUGGCUCUCCGGGCACCCGCGGCGACCCGGGCCUCGGGGUUGCCGGCCCUCCUGGCCUUUCCGGACCCCCCGGAGACAAAGGCCCCCCGGGACCGCGAGGCUCGCCCGGAUUCCCCGGCCCCCAGGGCCCCGCUGGCCAGGAUGGCGCCCCAGGGAGUCCCGGCGAGCGGGGGCCUCCGGGCACACCGGGCCCCUCUUCGCCCCUCGCUCCCGAGGACGUCCGGCUCCUGGUUCAGGACGUGUGCAAGGACUGCCCCCCGGGCCCCCCGGGCCUGCCCGGCCUGCCGGGCUUUAAGGGGGACAAAGGGCUCCCGGGAAAGCCAGGGAGAGACGGCACAGACGGGAAGAAGGGCGAGGCUGGGCCCAGAGGCCUUCCCGGGCCGCCAGGAGCCGCGGGCCCGCAGGGAAGCCCGGGAGAGCGCGGGGCCGACGGCGAGGCGGGGCCGAAGGGCGAGCAGGGCCGCCCCGGAGUGCCAGGCUUCAUGGGGCCCCCGGGGAGCCCUGGGCCGCCGGGGGCCGAUGGAGUCGCAGGAGCUGCGGGACCGCCAGGCACUCCGGGGCCACCGGGGAAAGAAGGUCCCCCCGGCCCUGAAGGCCCAUCGGGGUUACCCGGAAUCCCAGGAGCAGAAGGCAAAGAGGGCAGAGAUGGAAAACCUGGUGCCCCCGGAGAGCCGGGCAAAGCAGGAGAGCCGGGCCUGCCAGGACCAGAGGGUGCCAGAGGGCCCCCGGGCUUCAAGGGACACACGGGCGACGCUGGUGCCCCCGGCCCCCGGGGAGAGCCCGGCACCAUGGGGCCCCCCGGCCGGGAGGGGUCCCCCGGAAAAGAUGGGGAUGCCGGACCCGCGGGGCCGCAGGGCCCCCAAGGACCGAGGGGCCCGCCGGGGAAGAGCGGACCGCCCGGCGCCUCAGGGGACCGCGGCCCCCCAGGAAGCCCGGGCCAGAAAGGCAGCAAAGGAGACGGCGGCAGCCCGGGCCUGCCUGGCUUCCUGGGCCCCCGGGGGCCUCCGGGCGAGCCCGGAGAGAAGGGAGCCCCAGGCAAGGAGGGCGAGCCCGGGAAGCCUGGAGCAGCAGGACCCCGAGGAGAGAGGGGAGAUCCCGGCACCAAGGGUGACAAAGGAGCUCCCGGUGGGAAAGGCCAGCCUGGGGACCCGGGCAUUCCCGGCCACAAAGGCCACACGGGCCUGAUGGGCCCCCAAGGCCCGCCCGGGGAGAGCGGGCCGGCCGGGCCCCCGGGGCCUCCGGGGCAGCCAGGCUUCCCGGGCCUGAGGGGUGAGUCUCCCUCUCUGGACACCCUGCGGCGGCUCAUCCAGGAGGAGGUUGGGAAGCAGCUGGAGACCAAACUCGCCUACCUCAUGGCCCAGAUGCCCCCGGCGCACGUGAAGGCGUCUCAGGGCAGACCCGGGCCCCCGGGGCCCCCCGGCAAAGACGGGCUUCCGGGCCGAGCAGGCCCCAUGGGGGAGCCGGGACGGCCUGGCCAGGGGGGUCUGGAAGGACCGUCCGGACCAGUUGGUCCCAAAGGUGAGCGAGCGCGGAGCCAAAGGUGACCCAGGAACGCCAGGUGUCGGCCUCCGAGGCGAGAUGGGCCCCCCCGGAAUCCCAGGUCAGCCCGGGCAGCCCGGCUACGCCAAAGACGGGCUUCCUGGGGGCCCCGGCCCUCAGGGCGAGACCGGACCCGCCGGCCACCCUGGCCCCCCCGGCCCGCCCGGCCCCCCCGGCCAGUGCGACCCCUCCCAGUGCGCCUACUUCGCCAGCCUGGCCGCCCGCCCGGGGAAUGUGAAGGGCCCCUAGAAGAUUCCGGAAGGCCUGGGGACCGCGGUGGAUUUCUGAAACUUGAACCCAGAGCCGAGGACGUCGGAGACCUCGACACAUUUCGGCCACCUGCUUUUGUUCUUUCAUCGUUUGUUUCAUUUUCUCGAGAGACCUCAGUGUCAUUAAAACCAACAGAUGCUGGCGGUCGGUGGGAUUAUUAUUAAUAUUUUUAUUAAUUAUUAUCAUUACUGCAUUUGUUCAUGCUUUGCAAGUUUUGCUCCCUCUCCUCUGAAGUGGAAACUUGAUUUGGGGGCCGGAAUCCAGUGGAAGUCCAGACAGCCCGCCUGGCUGCUG